GUGUUAUGUGUUAUGUGACUUGCCUAGAAUCGAAGCUACCUACCAAUUUACUUCACCGCCCGUAUCUUAGGCCCCUACCCCAGAAGUACCUAAGUACCUACCUACUGUCAAAGGGCGUACUUGUCUGUUCACGACUACAAUCAUAUCUUCUCAUCUCAGAAGAUGGGCCGAGAUAGGCAUCGACUAAAACAAGUUAAUCGCACUUUAACAAGCAGGGGUUGAAUAAGCAAACAGGCAAGAAAGAAAGAAAGAAAGAAAGAAAGAGAGCAAAAGCGAGAAAUACAGACCCCAAGCAAUGGCGCGAUCCGACGAGGCAGCUUCCUUCUUCAUCGCCGUGUACCGCGCCGUGCAGGAAAUACCGGAAGGCAAAGUGACCAGCUACGGACAUAUCGCGAAGCUCGUGGGAACCCCACAGCGUCCGCGCCAAGUCGGCAUCUGCCUCAAGCAUUUAUCGCAUGAUCCCGGAGCGAGACAUCAUUCAGGGAACGUCCCUUGGCAGCGUGUAAUCAACUCGAAAGGGAUAAUAUCGCCUCGGUCACAGCCAUCUGGGGCGCGUAACCAAGCAGCUGCGUUACGGGCUGAAGGCAUCACAGUCUCUACAGAUGCAUUAGGGGAACUGAGUGUCGACUUUGGAGAGUACGGAUGGUUUCCUGAUGUAUUGCCAUCUGAAGAAGCAGAAGAGGAGGAAUGGAGCUCGAGCAGUGAAAACGAAUGAUUGUCUAUUUGCUAUUGAUUCUACAUGGGACAGGUAAUUAUUGACUCAUACUUCCCUAUGGUAGACCGAACUCAAGCGGUUCAGUAUAAGUUUGCACAGCCAUAUUCCAGUAUAGUUACCCUUCGUCCUACGAUAUCGCAUUAGGCUCACGGAGCAUCUGCUGGAGACGAUUCGGUUAGCGAAGGCUUCCA